AUGCUCCCCCACAUGCAAGACAAAUUCCAAGACAUCCUCUCCGACCUCAAGCGCCAGGAAGCCAAGUUCCGGGCCUUUAUCCUCAGUGGAAUGGAGACGACCCCCGACAACGCCUACGUCGAGCGACAGCACGCAGAAAUUCUAGCAGCGGGCGAGCCUGAGAUGAAGACAAUCACCUCCCCUUCCACCACCUCCGCCUCCUCUACCGUCGGCCGCAUGCCCGACAUCCAGGAGGGAUUCAAAGACAUCCUCGAGCGCGGGACAGAAAAGAUCCGUGUAGCCCACGAGAAGCUGCUCGACGCUCUCGAAAACGCAUACGCCAAGGCGAGGCUCGACGCUCUCGAAAACGCCUCGCCCAUCGAAAGCAACGACAACGACAACGCCUCCGCCUCCGUCAACGAUCACCAGCAACAAGAACAACAACAACAACCCACAUCCCUCAUAGCCUCCUGCAGCAUCAAGAUGCUCCCCCCCUCCGACAAGGAAACCUUCCCCUUCUCCUCCUUCCUCUCAGACACAAUCACCAUCCACCCGACCCCGGAGGAAUCCGACCAACUCGCCUCCAUCCUCCUCAAGUCCUUCGCCCGCGAGAGAUCAUUCCUCCUCUUCCAGGACUCCGUCGCCACGACCUGGGAACAAUGUCUUUCUGACGACGAGGGGGAGGCGGGGAUUGAGAUUGCUGUUGGUGGGGAGGAGGACGGACGUGCAAGUGCAGGUGCAGAUGUUAAGGGGAGGGAAGGAGGAUCGAGGAGAACUAUGGAUCAUUGGGGCGGGAAUGCUGUGGUUUGA